UUUGGCCUUCACAACUAAGCAUCCAAACAGAGGGUAACUGACCACUCUGUCAUAUCCAUACACAACUCCAUUGUCGAACGCUAGAAAAAGGCGAAAACAAAAUGAAAGCAGUGGUGAUAACUUCACUAGGCGGCCCAGAGGUGCUGCAACUGCAAGAAGUAGACGACCCACAAAUCAAAGACGAUGAGGUCCUCAUCAAGGUCGAAGCUACCGCCGUCAACCGGGCUGACACCCUCCAAAGGAUAGGCAAGCAUCCGCCUCCCAAGGGCGCUAGCCCCUACCCUGGUCUUGAAUGCUCCGGCACCAUCGAAGCCGUUGGGAAACUCGUUUCUCGCUGGAAAGUGGGUGAUCAGGUGUGUGCUCUUCUUAGUGGAGGAGGCUAUGCGGAGAAAGUGGCUGUUCCAGCCGGACAGAUUCUUCCUGUCCCACCAGGCAUUUCCCUCAAGGAUGCUGGUGGUUUCCCUGAGGUGGCAUGUACUGUUUGGUCCACUGUUUUUAUGAUGAGUCGGUUGUCUGCUGGGGAAACGUUUCUGGUUCAUGGAGGUUCUAGUGGGAUUGGUACUUUUGCAAUUCAGAUAGCUAAAUAUCAAGGGGUUAGGGUAUUUGUCACUGCAGGCAGUGAGGAAAAAUUAGCUGUUUGUAAGGAACUAGGAGCUGAUGUGUGCAUCAAUUACAAAACAGAGGACUUUGUUGCACGAGUAAAGGAAGAAACUGGAGGGAAAGGUGUAGAUGUUAUUUUGGAUUGUAUUGGAGCAUCCUAUUUCCAGAGAAACCUAGACAGCUUGAAUGUUGGUGGAAGGCUUUUUAUCAUUGGGUUCAUGGGUGGAGCUGUGACAGAAUUAAAUCUGUCUAUUUUGUUGGCUAAACGCCUCACAGUGCAAGCGGCCGGCUUGCGAGGUAGAAGUGCAGAAAACAAAGCAGAAAUUGUGAAUGAGGUGGAGAAGAAUGUUUGGCCUGCCAUUGUUGAAGGCAAGGUGAAGCCUGUGGUCUAUAAACAUUUUCCAUUAGCUGAGGCAGCAGAGGCUCAUCGACUCCUGGAAAGUAGCCAGCAUAUCGGAAAGAUUCUUCUUGUUCCAUGAUGUUAUGGACGGUCAAGUAAGCUUUAGUUGAUGAGAUCCGCCAGUGUCAACAUCUUUGGAAUGACUAUUGAUAUCUUUGCUAGUGUGCUUGUAAUUUAACGAUAAAAGAAGCCUGUGAGUUAGACUGUUUAGUUUGUUAACUUGAUAUUUCUCAAGAUGGUGUGAUGAUUCCCCUUGAAUGAAAGAAAUGCAAAGUUGAUACCCA